AUGCUGGUGCCACGAGCGAGGGUGCAUCCAGGUCGCCUUCUUCUGCGUCGAAAGGCGAAAGAGGGUGUCGAUCAGGAGGAGGCGCUGUUCUGCGCGGGUUCGCUGAAGGAGGAAGUGGUCGUUGCUGCAGUCGCCGAGUCUAUGAGGACCCAGCACGCACUUCCAGGCGGUGUGGUCUGCCCUGACAAGGACGCUGAAGUCGCCAACGGCAUUCAGCUUGUCUGCCUUCGACAAAGUCGCCAGGUGGGUGUGCAGGUCUUCGUAAGGCUUUUCUCCACCUUGUCGGAGUUGGCCAUUGUGGGAUCUAGACGAUGAUUACUGUGGCGAAGAGAUAGGUAUAGGGUCAUCAGUCGGUCGUUGAUGCCCUGCGACGGAAAGGAAAAUAUUCCGACGAUGUCGUUCCAGCCCCGCGUCGCUCAUCCUGUUGGUGACCGCCUCCUCUUGCCGAACCUGCUCGGAGGACUGGAUCUCUCUGAGAGCAGUGAUGUCGACUUUAGUGCACCAGUUCUCGAACGACUAUCACUGGUCUCCAUUCCUGAGAGCUACUCCCCGAUUGUCUAA